AUGAAUAUAACCUGGGUCACUUCCUUCCCGACAGGACGCGAAACAGGCACCUAUCUCACGCUCGACCUCGGCGGAACCAAUCUUCGUGUAUGUCUCAUCACGCUUACCGGCACACCGGGCGGCUCCGACAUCACACAGGAGAAAUACCAGCUACCCAAAGAGAUCAAAACCGGAACAGCAGAUGACCUGUUCGAACACAUUGCCGAUCGCCUCGGAGAUUUCGUGGAAAAGCACGUCGAAACCGAAAAAGUUAAUGGAGACGGUGGGAAAGUGCCGCUCGGGUUCACGUUUAGUUACCCUGCGACUCAGGACAGGAUUGAUCAUGGGAUCUUGCAGACAUGGACGAAGGGGUGGGAUGUGAAGGGAGUGGAAGGCAAUGAUGUCGCGGAGAUGUUGAAGCGGGCUAUCGAGAAAAGGGACCUCCCUGUAAAUCUUGUCGCGCUGGUGAACGACACAACCGGCGCGCUCAUCGCCUCCGCCUACAACGAUCCCCAGACAAUCAUCGGCGCGAUUUUCGGCACAGGCUGCAAUGCGGCAUACAUGGAACGUGCGGCUCGUAUUCCAAAACUGAGUCCAACCUCCAACGGCACCACAGGAGCUACGGAGACAGAAAAGCAAGGGGCAGAUGACUCCCUCAUGGCUAUCAAUUGCGAGUACGGCGCCUUCGACAACUCCCACUCCAUCCUGCCAAGGACGCGGUACGACGAAUUGAUCGACGAACAGUCACCGAGACCCGGGGAGCAGACGUUCGAGAAGAUGUCUGCGGGACUCUACCUGGGCGAGAUCUUCCGCCAGAUCCUCGUCGACCUGUACGAGAGGGGGCUGGUUCUGCAGGAUCCGAAACUCGACGACAAACAGAAGGAACUCCUGCACACCGCCUAUGCCAUCGACACGGAAUUCCUGUCCAACCUAGAGAACGACUCUUCGCCCUCUCUCUCCUCCUCGACCCGUGCCUUUGAGUCGACACUCUCGAACCUACAUCCCUCCCCGCCCGAACUGGUCUUCUUCCAGUCCUUGGCAAAGCUCAUCGCCAUCCGCGGCGCGAGGCUCUGCGCGUGCGGCGUGUCCGCCAUCUGUCGCAGGAUCGGGACGCGCAAGGGCCACGUCGCUGCAGAUGGGAGCGUGGCCAUCAAGCACCCCCGGUUCAAGGAGCGGUGGGAAGUCGCCGUCAGGGAGAUUCUGGAUAUGAAGAUGGGCGCCAAGGCCGCUGGGGGAGGGGAGGGCGGACUGGAAGGCAUCGAGCUGACGAGCGCAGAGGAUGGGAGCGGUGUCGGCGCGGCUGUCAUUACUGCGCUGACUUUGGGGAGGACAGGUGGAGGGUGA